CAUCAUUGUAGAAGCUCUUACAUCAGCUUCAUGGAGUCUGCUUUCAAAGAGGGCAAGAGAUGGACUAAUGGUGCAUCAAAACAAGUACCAUCAGGCAGCUGUAAGCUAGUGUGCACUUCACAAGAAACACUACAUUUUAAUGCAGAGAUUCUAUCCAACAAUAACAUACUUUAUUUCAUUUCAAGGUUAGCCGGUAUCCCACCUUACGUGUACAAGUGA